AUGGCUCUCUCUCUAACAUUUCCUGUCCUUAUCUCAGUUCUUCUUUUUCAUGUCUCUUUAGUAUCAACCGCAAAGCAUAGCCUUCACCACCAUACAAGUCACUCCGCAAACCCUAAACAGCAUCUUCAGCAAGCGUACCGUGCCGCAUGGAAGAAGGUAAUCUAUUCUGAUCCAAAGAACUUAACUGCAGAUUGGGUCGGUCCCUCAGUCUGCAGCUACACUGGCAUCUUCUGCGCCCCAUCUCCUUCCGAUCCAAACUCUCUAGUUGUUGCCGGAAUCGAUCUCAAUCAUGGUGACAUCGCUGGUUUCCUGCCUGAAGCCAUUGGCCUUCUCUCUGACCUCGCUCUCAUCCAUCUCAAUAGCAAUCGCUUCUGUGGCAUCCUUCCUCGUUCGUUGGCCAAUCUAUCGUUACUCUAUGAGCUUGACCUCAGCAACAACCGCUUUGUAGGUCCUUUUCCGGAUGUCGUCCUUGCACUCCCUUCUCUAAAGUACCUUGACCUUCGUUACAAUGAGUUUGAAGGCCCCUUGCCCCCAAAACUCUUCAGCAAUCCCCUCGAUGCCAUUUUUGUGAACAACAACCGGUUAACAAGCCUUAUCCCUAGAGAUUUCACAGGAACAACCGCCUCUGUUGUCGUCUUUGCCAACAAUGAUUUUAGCGGUUGUCUGCCUCCAACCAUAGCCCGCUUUGCAGAUACCUUGGAAGAGCUUCUCCUAGUCAACUCAAGCUUAUCUGGGUGUCUACCCCCCGAAGUCGGGUAUCUCUACAAGCUAAGAGUCCUGGACAUGAGCUACAACAGUUUUGUUGGUCCUGUACCUUACAGUCUCGCUGGGCUAGGCCAUCUCGAGCAGCUGAAUUUGGAACACAACAUGUUCACUGGCACUGUCCCUCUUGGAGUCUGCGUUUUGCCCAGCUUGCUGAACGUUACCCUCUCUUACAACUAUUUCAGUGAAGAAGAAGGUAUCUGCAGAAACCUGACUUCCAGAGGAAUAGCCAUCGAUGAUCGCUACAACUGUCUGCCUGACAAACCGCUUCAGCGGAGCCAAAAAGUCUGUGAUGCUGUGCUUGAGCCCAUAGACUGCUAUGACCACAAAUGCUCAGCCAUGGCUCCUCUGGUUGCUCCAGCUACCGCAGGACCUUCCAUCGCUCCUGGUCCAGCUGACACAUAAGGAUUCACUCGUA